AUGCUUAUUGAAGCGGGUGCAGACAUCGAUAUAGUUGCCCGCCACGGUGGGCAACGCCCGUUGGACCAGGCAGUAACCUCUAACAACGUGGAUGGCUUGCGGAUGCUGCUGGAAGCCGGUGCGACAGUCGAGAGGCACCGCUCGGAUCGUGACCUGCCAGCCUCACCCUUUGAAAACCUGAAUUGGCAGAGUACUGAUGCAGCGGAAAUCGCCUCACUUCUUUGGAAAUAUGGUGCUUCUGCGUCGGGCAGGCGAGGCGCUGGUCCCAAGCCUCUUCAACGUGCAAUAACAGAGGGCAGGGAGGACAUCGUGGCGCUCCUCUUACGGCACCAUGCCGAUGUCUUUACAGCUUCCGACAAAGAUUCAAAAUCAGGACUGGAGUAUGUUUUUCAACAUUGCAGUCUCCAGACGUGCCGGUUAUUUGUCGAGCAUGGCGCCAUUCGGCGCGGCAUGCGAUGCGUGCAGCGAACAGUGCACCAUGUUGCCGCUUUGAGUGGCGAUGCUGAGAAACUGGAGUGGGUUCUUGACGACCCCGAGUUUGAAAAAACACUGCCCAGACACAUGUCAGAAGUACCAUCCCCCACAGAACUGCUUAGCUGUGCUGGCUCGCCGCUUGUCGCGGAGCUGCUCAGACGGCGCGGCGCGGACCCCGGCACUUCUCUUGCCGACCGGUCAAGGUUCAUUCAAGAUGUGCUGAACACCAAAUUUCGCAAACGACAGGACAAUGUGAAGAUAUUGAAGAGCCUGUUGGCACAUGGUGCUAUUUCCAACAUGACCGAGAAGCAAAAAGAAGAUAUGCUAAAAGAUCAGAUGGCAAGCUCUCGCCGGAACGUGAUCAUCCCGAUUCUAAUUGGAGGUGGGCUUGAAGUCAGCGACUUCGUCAAGACGAGGUUACUAAUCGACUGUCUGCGAGAUUGCAACGCCGAGAAGUUCGCCAAGGGGCUCGUCAGACCCCUGGUCGACUGGGGCGCAAACAUUAACGCGGUUGAUGAAAAAGGGAGAAACGCAGUCCAGCUUGCUAUGGCACGUCACUACUAUAGAAUUCUUGAAAUACUCCUUGAUCUUGGAGCGGACUACAAGGUCAUUGACAACGCUGGAAACACCAUGUUGCACGGAAUAUACAAGGACAAGACGAACAUGGAAGUGAGGAUCGUGAGGAGGCUGUUGGGGCUAGGUUUGGACCCCAACGCGGCGAACAGUACAGGCCAUGCACCUCUUGAUAUUGGCCUGCGCUGCGGCACCAGAAAGCUUAUGAAGGCACAUCUUGAGCACGGAGCCGACAUCCUCAGUCUUCGCCUGAUGGGCAGCACAGACGCGGUCAUGAUAAGCACGAUGCAUCUUGCUGCUGCUGUUUCUUAUCCGCAUGGCCUCAGGACGCUGCUCCGUCUCGGGGCGGAUGCGAAUGGAAGGGAUGAUAUGGGACGUACACCACUGCACUGGGCGAGGUCAAAGAACCUUGCAAGACACGUGAGGCUUUUGACGCGUGCUGGUGCAGAUGUGGAUGCGCUAGACGAUGCCGGCAAUGUGGCUCGGAGUGUCGAACCGGGUCUGUAUCCUGACCUGGAUCGGGACUUUGACGUACCGGUUUCAUAUAUGGCUCCUGCGAGUCCUGGUGCUAGUAAUGAAGCUGUAUGGGCUCGCUACAUGUUAAAUGAUGAGUAUACUUAA